UCUUAAAUAAAAAUUUAUUCAAUAAAGUCUUACAUUAUUAAUUUAAAAAAAUAAACCCAAAAAAAUAAAAAUAAAAAUUAAUUAGCAUAACAUAUUAUUGCUGAUCACAAUCCAUUACGUAUACCGUGGUCAGCUUUGUGCCUUGUUCAUGUUUAUCGUAUAUUUGUUUUUACACCCUCUCUCUCUCUCUCUCUCUCUCUCUCUCUCUCUCUCUCGCUAUGUAUAAAAUACAAAAAAUACAAAAAAUAGGCGCGAAAAUUAAACCAUCAAUGUCGUCUGGUCGUUGUGCCACAAGUCUCCCAACCCUACCUCUAAACAUGUCUUCUCGCCCUACUGCUUUCGAAGCUCUCAUGGCUGGCGCUCGAGCGGCAACCAAGAUGAAAACGCAGUCGUCUGACCCUAAGAAACGGAAAGCUGUUGAUUCAAAUCCCCCGCCAAAACCCGAUUCGCCGCCAAAUUCGGUUGGUUCUCGGGAAGCGGGGGCGGCGGCUCCGGCUGCCAAGAGAGCUUGUUUUAGGUGGGCUUUAAGGAGCAGCGGCAGCGUUGAGGAAGAGGAGGAGGAGGAGGAGGAGGAGGAGGAGGAGGAGAGGAGGGGGGUUUCGGAACUGAAGAGUAAAAUCACUGAAUUGAAGAAGAAGGCUUGGGAUUUCAAACCGGAAUCGGUUGCCAGUUGUUGGAAACACAGACAGAGCGAGAGUGAGAGAGUGCCAUUCCUGUUCCUUUCUUUGGCUUUCGAUUUGAUUGCUAACGAGACGCGACGGAUUGUGAUUACGGAUAUAGUGUGUAACAUGUUGAGGACUGUCAGGCAUACCACCACCACCACCACCACGCAUGAGGAUCUAUUGGCCGUUGUUUAUCUUUCGGCCAAUCGGAUUGCCCCUGCUUACCAAGGUUUGGAGCUAGGAAUUGGGGAUGCUUCAAUCAUUAACGCGCUUUCUGAAGCUUAUGGGAGUGGUAAAUCCGAGGUUAAAACACAAUACAAGGAUCUGGGAGAUUUGGGUCUUGUUGCAAAAGUAAGUCGUUCAUCGCACAAUAUGAUUCGUAGGCGCCCUAAUCCAUUAACUGUUGCUAACGUUCUCAAAACAUUCCGUCUCAUCGCCAAGGAAUCUGGGAAGGAUAGUCAAAUGAAGAAGAAGAACCAUAUCAAGGCACUUCUCCUCGCAGCCACUGACUGUGAACCCCAAUAUUUGAUUCGUUUGCUUCAGGCUAAGUUGCGAAUUGGAUUCUCAGAGCAAACUCUGUUGGCUGCUUUGGGACAAGCUGCUAUAUUUAAUGACCAAUCUACCCCAUCUCCUAGUAUUCAGUCUCGUCUAGAAGAGGCUGUAAAGAUUGUUAAACAGGUGUACUCUGUGCUUCCAGAUUAUGGUGUAUGGGAUCUUCAGAAGACUUGUAACUUUACUGUAGUUGUUCCUGUUGGACCUAUGCAAGCAAAUCCAACUAAGGGGGUAUCUAAGAUUGUACAAAAGUUCCAGGACACAGAAUAUACCUGUGAAUACAAAUAUGAUGGAGAACGUGCUCAGAUACAUUACUUGGAGGAUGGUUCAGUGACUUCAGUUGAGAUAUAUAGUAGAAAUGCUGAAUGAAAUACUGGAAAGUUUCCUGAUGUUGUUGCCGCAGUGUUAAAGCAGUCAUCUGUCAGGUCAUUUGUUCUGGAUUGCGAGCUGGUUGCUUAUGACCGUGAAAAACAGAAAAUUCUGCCCUUCCAGAUACUCAGUACUCGAGCUCGGAAAAACGUGGUUAUGAGUGAGAUUAAGGUUGAUGUUUGCAUAUAUGCAUUUGAUAUUUUGUAUCAUAAUGGUCGACCACUUAUUCAGGAAGAACUCAAAGUUCGGAGAGAGUGUCUUUAUGGGUCUUUUGAAGAAGAAGCCGGAUAUUUUCAGUUUGCUACAGCAAUAACUUCUAACGAUAAUCAAAUACAGAAGUUUUUUGAUGCUUCUGUUGAUGGAAGUUGUGAGGGUUUGAUUAUCAAGACUUUGAAUAAAGAUGCUACAUAUGAACCUUCCAAGCGAUCCCUAAACUGGCUGAAAUUGAAGAAAGACUAUGUGGACGGUAUAGGGGAUUCACUGGAUUUUGGUACCUAUUGCAGCUUUUCAUUGCCGGGAAAACGUACAGGCGUCUAUGGUGCCUUUCUUCUGGCUUGUUAUGACAACAGUAACGAAGAGUUCCAAAGCAUUUGUAAAAUAGGUACUGGAUUUUCUGAAGCAAUGCUUGAAGAACGUUCUGCUAGCCUCCGAUCUGAAGUGAUUCCUCAACCAAAAUCGUACUAUCGGUAUUCAGAUACCAUUAGUCCAGAUGUGUGGUUUGAACCCACUGAGGUUUGGGAGGUGAAAGCUGCAGACUUGACUAUCAGCCCAGUUCAUCGUGCUGCAGUCGGCAUAGUAGAUCUAGAUAAGGGUAUUUCCCUUCGAUUUCCACGACUUGUUCGUGUUCGGGAAGACAAGACUCCAGAGCAAGCCUCAUCGUCUUAACAGGUUGCCGAUAUAUAUACUGCUCAAAGUCGCAACCACAAAAUCAGGACGUUCAUAUUGUAAAUAGGGUUAACAUAAAAUAAUCAUUGGUUGUAUUUAGAAUUAUUUUAAUUUUAUUUAUUUUUUUUUAAAAAAGAACAUGGCCGUGUUUUUUCUUUUUCUUUUUUUAACAACAUAUGAGUUUUAUUUUUAUUAUUUUUAAAAUACAGGCAACAAUUUCUUUCUUUUUUUUUGGGGGGUUUACACAAGUAGCAAUGUUAGAGAUGUUUAUUUGGUCAAAUUCCCUCAAAAAUAUAUUCAAAUUUUAAAAAAAGUACACUAAUUAAAAAGGUCGUUCAAUAAUCAUGAGCUAGAAAACAAAAUCAUAUGAAAUAACAAGUUUAUUUAUUAAUUAAUAAAGUUUAAAAUUUAGAAUAAUAAAUGCAACUAUCCCAAUCCGGGAUUAACCCGGGAGGCAGCUUGCUAUAUCAUACAAAGGCAUCUCCUUCGAGUGAUUGCAAAAAUUGUCGAAGACAUAAUGCUCCAUUCUUAGAGGUCUCUCCGAUAAGAAGAUCAGAAAAUACCUUCUUUUUUUUUUUAAGAGAUAAUGCCUUGAUUAGUGGGGCCAAAUAUCUAAUUAUAAAUAACUUUUCUUAUAAAUGCCGCAUGUAUUUUGUAAAAGUUAAAAUUUGAGUUUUAUCUGUGUAA